UGUCACACCACUGCUAUUUUCUCCCCUCAGUCCCUCUCACUCUCAGCCUACAGCUCCAGCGGACUGACACGGGGCUUUGGAUAGACAGAAACGAACAAUAAGAAACCAAACAGAGGCCAGAAAUGGCAGAGCUUGGAGCGGGAAGCCUGCCGUUGGGAGAUCCUGCUUUUAAUUACCAGGAGCACGAGCUGAACGAGCGGCUGAAGCGGCUCUACCCGGCUGUGAACGAGGAAGAGACCCCUUUACCCCGAUCCUGGAGCCCCAAGGAUAAAUACAGCUACAUUGGGCUGUCACAGAACAACCUGCGGGUCCACUACAAAGGCCAUGGUAAGAACCACAAGGACGCAGCAUCAGUGCGAGCCACACACCCAAUCCCCGCUGCCUGUGGGAUCUACUACUUUGAGGUCAAGAUUGUCAGCAAAGGUCGAGAUGGGUACAUGGGUAUCGGCCUGUCUGCCCAGGGAGUCAACAUGAACAGACUGCCUGGGUGGGACAAGCACUCAUACGGUUACCAUGGAGACGACGGCCACUCCUUCUGCUCCUCCGGGACCGGCCAACCAUACGGCCCAACAUUCACCACAGGGGACGUGAUUGGCUGCUGUGUUAACCUCAUCAACAACACUUGCUUUUACACCAAAAAUGGCAUCAGUUUAGGUGUAGCCUUCACAGACCUCCCUCCCAACUUGUACCCCACUGUGGGGCUUCAAACUCCGGGUGAGAUUGUAGACGCCAACUUCGGCCAGCAGCCGUUUGUCUUUGACAUCGAGGACUACAUGAGUGAAUGGCGGGCCAAAAUCCAUGGCAUGAUUGCUCGCUUCCCCAUAGGAGAGAGGCUGGGGGAGUGGCAGGCCGUCCUGCAGAAUAUGGUGUCCAGCUACCUGGUGCAUCAUGGGUACUGUGCCACCGCAACAGCCUUCGCCAGAGCUACAGAGACCAUGAUACAAGAGGACCAGACAUCUAUAAAGAACAGACAGAGAAUACAGAAGCUGGUGCUGGCAGGACGAGUGGGGGAAGCCAUAGAAGCUACUCAGCAGCUUUACCCCGGCCUGUUAGAACACAACCCCAACCUACUAUUCAUGUUGAAGUGUCGUCAGUUCGUGGAGAUGGUGAACGGUACAGACAGUGAGGUUUGCUGCUUGACCAUCCGCUCGCCCAAGUCCCAGGACAGUUACCCUGGCUCACCCAGCCUCAGCCCCCGCCACGGAGCCAGCAACACACACCUGCACACCGGAGGAGCAGACAGCCCGACCUGCAGUAAUGGGGUGACUCCUACCAACAAGUCAAAGAGCCACAGCGGCGCUGGCAGUAGCAGCGUCAAAUACCCCUCCUCCGCCUCCUCCUCCACCUCCUCCUCCCCUUCCUCCGUCAACUACUCCGAGUCCAACUCCUCCGACUCCACUAAGAGCCAGCCACACAGCGCCAACAGCACCCAGGAAACCAGUGACAGUGAGAUGGAGAUCGAAGCAGAGCACUAUACCAACGGGGUUGUUGAGGGCUCCUCUGCACGGAUCAUGAAUGGCACAUACAAGCACGAAGAGAUCCUUCAGCCAGACGACAACAGCAUUGGCAACGGGGUCACAGCAGAUGAGGGUUGUAGUAAUAGCAGACAGCUUUGCGGAGGGAACCAGGCGGCUACAGAGAGGAUGAUCCAGUUUGGACGGGAGCUGCAGGCACUCAAUGAACAGCUGUGCCGCGAGUACGGCAAGAACGCCACACAUAAGAAGAUGUUACAGGAUGCAUUUAGCCUGCUAGCAUACUCCGACCCGUGGAACUGCCCCGUUGGCCAGCAGUUAGACCCUACGCAGAGAGAAUCACUCUGCUCCGCACUCAACAGCGCCAUACUGGAGUCCCAAAAUCUGCCUAAGCAGCCUCCGUUGAUGUUAGCGCUCGGCCAGGCCACAGAGUGUGUUCAGCUCAUGGCCCGAGUCCGGUCUGGUUCCUGCUCCUUCGCCAGAGUAGACAACUUUUUGCACUAGCCCAGGUCCAGGUUAAUGUUAAGUAGCACUGAGAGAAGGCAUGUCCAGCAGGUAGUUGUCAUGGCGACGGAGGAAAGAGCAUGCGUGUGGUUGGUGUGUUUGGCUGUCCGUCAGACCGAGCCAGCAGCACAGACAGAGGAGCGGAGGAGAUCGAGAGAGAAGAAAGCUUCCUUUUAAUUUAGUAUUAUCAAAUAAAGAAAUGUGUGACACUAUUUAAAGAUAAUUAAUUAUUAUUCUGUUUAUCUAGCCAUUUUUAUAGUUCUUUUUUUUGUCAGUUUGUUGUGCUGCUCAUCCUGGACAAAACAAAUUGUAACUCCCCUUUUUAUUUUUUCUUCUGUUUUAAUGGGUGGAUUUUGAUUCCCUGCCAUCAGUAUUUUACUCACAUUGUUGUUGUUCACCAUAUCACCGACCACAAUACCCACAUCUGGUUAUCAGAGUGACCCCCACAUCUGUAGGUCAAUUUAACUAAACCUGAGGUAUAUUAACAUCUUUAUUGAGAUACAGAAGACAGCCUCUGAGCCACUUUGAAGUGCAUUCAUGUCUUUGUAUGCAUUGCGGAUGGCGAGUUCUCAGCAUGAACACCACUGAUUGUGUGGAGCAGAUCAUUAACUCUGGUAAAGGCUGAUACCAUACAGUAGGAAAUGCUAGAAAAUGGACUGAUGUAAGACAAAAGUGGGUCCUUGGAUUAUUCCAGAAAGUUGGAAAACAAACUGUGAUGUAAUUUUUCAAGAAUAAAAUACUUUGAGCUAACAGGUUAGUAGCCAAAGAACAGGACACACACACACACCAAAAAAACCAUACUUGAAGGGUCCCUGUAGUGGCAAACACUGCCAGUAACAAGGGAUUCAGUUGGAAUAUUAGAGGUGUUGGAGCCUUAAUUUUACUGUAACGACCUCUGCAUCAACCAAUCAGUCAUGUUGUAGGUGGCAGAGCUCAGCCCCAGCUGCAGCUACAACACCCCACUCUCAGGACCCAACCUAACACUAUUAUCAUGGUCACCUUGAUGCCAGCAAAGAGAAAAAUCUGUAUCAAAGGCAGACUAACAAGCACCUUGUGUGUAUGGCUAAAAGUCAAGUUCCCCCUGGGGAUUUCAUUACUGCAGUCUUUUUUGUACUUCUUCCACAGCCUGACCUGCUCUGUGCAUGUGGUGUCGCAAUUAGAAUUUCAAAUUAAAAGGUGAAAUCAUUUGCCAAAUGGGAAGGUUUUUAAUUUUCGGUUGCACUUUGUGAUAAUUAAAUCACAGUCUUUCUUUCAUUUUGGGCAUUUGAUUCCAAACCACUUAAACGUUGUGAAAACCAGUUGUAUGUGUUGGAAAAAGGCUUUUUUUCCCCUCCACUCAGACACCUCCACUUCUCUAACACCCAUAAGCUUGACUUGACUAUGUUCUACCUGUUAUUGGACUGUAGGACAUGGUCAAGUCAAGUUUAUUUAUAAACCCCAAAACCACAGGUUUGUGUUUCCCAGUGAGAACAAACCCUUGAUGCAAAGGAAAGGUCUUUUUAUUGUUCAGGUUCGCUGCUGGCCACCAUGAAAUUUACAAAGUAACCACAUUGCUCCUGUUCAGGGGGUCUUUUUCUGGAGUCAGAUCAGUAGUGACAAAAUGACCAAUUACCACUUCCAGCCCCGAACAGCAUUAAAAACAGCUGGCAGCCACUUUGUAUGCAGCCCCAGAGUGUUCAAUUUCAAAUGAAUGAAUAAGACAUUAUGAAAUAAAUAAGCAUAUGAAUGAAAAUAAUUUAACCAGUACAUUGUAAUUUCAUUUCACAUGCUGGUCUAUUCGAAAUGCCCUCUUUCAAAAGUCUGUUUUUAUUCUAUUAUGGCCGUUUUACUGGUGACACUUUUCAUCACAGUGCUGUUGUCACCGAGGCUCAAUCACAGGGCUCAAACACUGCUCCAAACAGUUAGCCAGCUUGCUCCUCAUAGCUAGUAGCUAACCGACUGGGGGAACCUAUGUUCCCCGGGUCCUGUGUUCCCCGGGUCCUGUGUUCCCCGGGUCCUGUGUUCCCCGGGUCCUGUGUUCCCCGGGUCCUGUGUUCCCCGGGUCCUGUGUUCCCCGGGUCCUGUGUUCCCCACUUUGUAUGGGACCGGGGAACCCUAACCUUAGUGGGGAACAUAGGACCCAGGGAACAUAGGGAUGACCCCCCCGACUAGCUAGUAAGCAACGUUGAAUCAACCAGCUAGUUGCUGCUGCUCUUAAACCUUACCCAACCCUUCUUUAUAUUUAGCUUGACAAGGCUACAUAUGCUACCUACCUAGCCAGCUAACUAGCUAGGCUGGCUUGUGGGCUUGGAUUACUCAGCAUUUAAGGGAAGAACCAGUGUUAGCGGCAGCAGCUAACGUUAGUUGAUUCAUUCAGAGCGACUUUGGCAGUGUUGUGAUUGUGAGAAAGUUCCUCAGAGAAGAAAGACACACAACUCUGUGAAGAGCAAAAGGACACAAGACACUCUUUGCUGUAGCCAAAUGGAGCUAAUUCGCUAACUGGCAGUAUUUAUGUUCCCAGGGUCCUUUGUUCCCAGUUCUAGGGAUUAUGGUCAGGGGGUUAGGGAACUAAGGAGCUUGGGAACAUAGAUAAGCUCCCACUGGCAGUUCAUGGGGUCUGAGUUGAGUUUUGAUUCCUUUACGUAUUUUAUCUGUACAACAGAUUAUUCAUUUCAUAAUGUCUUGUUUAUUUAUUAUUGUAACUAAUAUAGCAUUAUUCACAUUGGACCUUUCUUUUAGAAGCACAAAUGUAAUACUGACAUUUUAUCGCCAUUAUCAUUCAUCAGAAGUGUUGUUGUUUUUUGAGGAAGUGGGCGAGUCAAGAUCAUCAUCAUCAUCAUCAUCAUUAGCUUUCUGUCUCUGUAUCUGAACAGGCAAAACUAUAAAUCCUACUCCACUGUAUGAUUUUUCCAUAUGCAUCAAUAAUUGGAUUGAUUGUGAUCAUCACCACCCCUUUAGCUUUAUCUGAAACAUUCUUUUGUUUUCUACCAAAUAACAGUGACUGAAUAUUGACUGAAUGGUGGCACGCUGUCACUCCUGCUGCUUUGUUGUGACCUGGCAAAUGGCUUGUGGAUCCACCCUGAAGUGUAUAUUUCCAUUUAUAAGAGCAUUUUAAGUCUAUGGUAGAGACAUAUGGAAUAAUAUAAUACUGGAGAUGUGUAUAUGCAGUGUGGGGUUUACUACAGGGUAUGUGGUCUAACUUUUUACCAAGCUGGUUUUUAUAAAGACCUUCUGCUAUAAUAGGAACUAUUCUAAAAACCACACAUACAGUAUACACUCACAGCAACUUCUUCUACAGCUGUAAAGGACUUCUGUUACACACACAAACACACACACACACACACACACCUGUAUGUGAAAGAACAACCUCUGUUGCAUACCUGUAGGGAACGAGUCUCCCAGCUGUCCUUUGUGUUUUGAGCCUGGGUUGCGUCUCAGCGCUGUUACCACGCACCCUUCCUCUAAUCCCUGCAUAGACAUAGCCACUGAUGUGAUCAGUGAUUGUUUUAAGGAAAGGACGGACUGUUUUGAAAAUGGGCCCGAGGCCUCUGAAGCCACAUGAACUUCUUCUGGAGAGGCCGGAGAAAUGGAUUUAGGCAUCGCAGACAAGCUGUGCACAAUUGACUUCUAUCAUAAUUUUAAUUUCAUAUUUUGAUUUUUGAGUUUUAGCAAAAAAUAAAAUAAAAUAAAAAAACAAUUGUGAAUUGAGUUACCCUCUACUUAGCAUGACUUUUAAAGCCUUUAAAAUGAUAUAAAAAAAAAAAAGGAAAAAUGAUAAUUGAAAAAAAAAAAAACCUAUGUACUGGAAACAUGUUAAAAAAGAAAUAUUGUAUUCUGUUUAAUUUUGACAGAAUUAUUUUUAUUAAAAUACAUCCAUAAGCGUA